UUAGAUUUUUGGCAACUUACUGUUUCUGAUUCGCAUGCGAUAAAAACAUAAAAUACACAAUGGCAGGUGUUUUAUUUGAAGAUAUAUUUAAUGUAAAAGAUAUGGACCCUGAAGGGAAGAAAUUUGAUCGAGUCAGCCGGCUUCACUGUGAAUCUGAGUCGUUCAAGAUGGAUUUGAUUUUAGACAUAAAUUCGUGGAUAUAUCCAAUGGAACUUGGUGAUAAGUUUAGAUUGGUGCUUGCUACAACUUUAAGAGAAAAUGGUUACCCAGACGGUGGGGAAUGGAAUCCUCUUGAGACCGAAGGAAACCGAGCAGAUAGUUUCGAAUAUGUUAUGUAUGGGAAAGUUUAUAGGAUAGAUGGUGAUGAAGCAGGCAUGGAACCAGCAACAAGAUUAUCAGCAUAUGUCUCAUUUGGCGGUCUUCUUAUGAGGCUACAAGGAGACGCAAAUAAUUUACAUGGUUUUGAAGUAGAUCAACAUAUGUAUUUACUAAUGAAGAAAUUAGCUUUUUAAAAUUUUAAUUUUAGGUAUAAUUUUAUGUUACAUUUUUAUACACAGUUGCAACUAUAUAUAAUAAACACCAAAUUUAUCCUAUAUUUAUUGUCAAGUUAUCCAAUGCACACAUAAUAGCUUAAAAGGAAUCAAUGGCAUUACUGCCUUUAUAGGUCUGGGCUUUGCUGAUUUCCUCCUUCACUGUUAGACUGAAAAGCGAUAGACCAUUCAUGCUCAGCCAGGGAUCAAACCUAUAACCUCACAGAUGAGAGUCGCAUAUUGUAGCCACUAGGCCAAUACUGCUGCUGCUGCAUAAUAGCCUAAAGUAGACCUAAUAUAGUCUUUUAUCAAUUAAAAGUUGCAAGUUAGAGUUCAAUAUGUACAGUUUUUAUCUUAUGAAGUGAGAAGAUUAGUUUUUGUUUAAAAAAUGCUUGAAGUACGAAAUCAACAUUGUGGGAUGGCACAUACAAACAAUAAUAUUAAUCUUUCCAUGUCCUUUAACUAAGGUAAAAUUGCUGUUACUGCCUAUAUACUUGCUGAGAAUCACAAUUUAAAAAAAGAUCCAUUUUAAAUAAAAUAAAAAACAGA